AAUUUUUCUCUCUCUGCAGAAAUAGUCAACUAUGAGUUUGACACCAAGAACCUGGUGUGUCUGCUCAUCAGCAGCGUGGUGGGAGUCUGGUACCUGCUCAAAAAGCACUGGAUAGCCAAUAACCUGUUCGGCCUGGCGUUCGCCCUGAACGGAGUGGAGCUGCUCCACCUGAACAACGUCAGCACCGGCUGCAUCCUGCUGGGGGGGCUGUUCGUCUACGACGUCUUCUGG